AAUUAUUCUUAAAUUUAUUGUAUUCAAAAUGGCGGUCAGUACAGAAAGAGAAUUUCCGAGGGCUCGUUGUGGGUCCGUCAUGUUUGUCUACGAUCACCAGUUAUUCUUAUGGGGAGGAAUGACUCAAAUAAUGCUUGGUGAAGGGGAUGAUAGAUUUCUAGUAGACAUUGACCUACCAGAUAUUGAAAAGGUGGAGCUCACUGAGGGGCCUGUACUUGAGAUCCUUGACCUCAAUACACACGAAUGGAGAGAGCAGAUUACUUAUGGUGACAUACCUCAAAUGGGGAAGGGUUCAUUUCAUGCAGUGAAAGGGGAUAAACUCUACCUGUUUGGUGGUAGUAAUGAUGCUGGUUUUUGUAAGGGUCUCUAUCAGUUAGACCUUAAUACUUACAAAUGGGAUGAUCUCUCGGAUUAUUCAAAGUCACCUCCACUGUCUCUAGGGGGAGCUGUUGUCUAUGGUACUUCUUUGUUGUUUUUUGGUGGAGCCGGUCAGGAGCUUAAGAAUGCUAAAGGUGAUUAUCAACCUUGUUCAAACCUUGGGUAUAGUUUUGAUUAUGGAUGGAAUAAUUAUCUUCAAGAAUAUCACACAGUUACAAAACAUUGGGCUGAGAUAAGCUGUGAGGGUGAGAAGCCACCUCCUUCAUCAAGAUUCACAUUAAAUAAGAUUGAUCCGUCACAUGCUCUCCUUUUUGGUGGUAAACAAGAGAAAUACACUGUCACUUAUAAUCAUGUGUUCAUCUUUGAUAUGGAAAAUAAGAAUUGGAAUAAAGUAGAGACCAAGUCUGAUAACUGGCCAUGUGAACGUGGUCUUCAUGCUGCCAGUGUACUGGUGGACCCUAGUUCAGAGAUUUCAUAUAAGAAGCAAUAUGUAUUGUUAGUAUGGGGACAAGGAUCUGAUGCAAAACAUGUUCAUAAUGCAUGGGUAUUGCAUGUACAGUCUAUGGAAUGGAAACAAUUUUUGCUGCCGGAUGAUUUGAAGCCAAGGAUGUAUCACAUGUCAUGCAGUUAUCACAUUCAAGACUCUCAGACUGACGUUAUCAUAUUUGGUGGAAACAAAAGACGAGAAUCAAAGUAUCACAGGAACGUUGUAACAUCUCCAAUCAUCAUUCGAUUUGGUUCAGUUCAGCCACUACAUGAGCUAUGCCUUGCACAUUUAAAGAAGAUAGAAGGAUUGCAGUCUUCAGCACUGUUCACUUCAUUGCCUCCACUGAUGCAAAAAAUAUUGACGAGAACAAAUGAUAGUCAAGAUUUAACUAUUAUUUAUCCUCUUGAUGUUCAUUUCAAGUAACUGACACUAAUUAAUAUUGCUUUCCAUAAUGCUAUCUUUUAUAAUUUUUAUCAACUGCGAACAUUUAAUUUUUCAUCAAUACCUGAAUGAUAAUAAAUAGUAAUGUGUAUUAUCAAGAGUGGAUAAUCCACUCUUGGUAUUAUACAUAAUGGAAU